AGCGGGGGAUGAGCGCGCCCGGCGGGACCGCGCGGGGACAGGUGGGGACUGAGAGCGCUCCCGGAGUGCUGCGGGUCCCUCUGCUCCCGUCCUGUCCCGUCCCGUCCCCUCAGGAAGAGCCGCGGCCACACCCAGCUGCUCAGCGCCUGCCUGAGCGUGUGCCCGGAGCCUGGCGGUGCGACCCCCGCCCUGUGCAGUGGCGCAGCCCCCGCCGCCUCGGCCGGGCCGCAGCGGGUCCGUGCGGGGCUCGGCCGGGCCGGAAUCCCGGCCCCAGCGCCGGCGGGACUGGGAGAGCAGGGCCCGCCUGCUCUGCACGCCGGCUGAAGAGAAAAGGAGUAGCAGCUUUCUGGCACGGCUGGGCAUUCUGAUUGCAAAAGGAGGAUCGGGAGAAGAAAUUUCUAAAGAUCGCACGCAGAACUAGAAGAACUGUGUCAGAGACUUCUUGCUUCUCUAAAGCUCUUCGCUCUCAAGUUCUGGAGUUACUUCUUUUUCUCCUGUGAGGAUAAUGUCUCUGUCAUCACCCAAGAUACAUGUAACUGAAAAGGAGCUGCCAAGGUUGUGUUUUGGUUUCUUUGCUCCCUUACUAAGUGGUUUUUCCCCAUCUUCUUCAGGAGGACUGUAGAAGGAUUACAGAAGCUGCGUUUUUGGGGGUGUGGGAGGAAGUUGCGGUUUUUCUUGUCUUGAGUGUGGGACCUUCUUGAUUUGCCAUUUGUUCUCUGAAGUCACUGCCUGUUUGGAAAAGGGAGAAGCAGCAUAAAAUGAACUUGCACAACUGUGGAUUCAUUCCCUUUGCAAAUGUUCUGUGUGACUGCUUUUAAAGGAGAUUUUGUACGCAUAAGCAGCAAAUGAAGAAUAGUAUCCCAGGCUGGAUUUAAAAGAAGCAAACUUCCUGAGUCCUGGCAAAAGGAUAAAUACUGUUUAAAUUAUAGUUUAAGGAAGACCAAGUGUUGUUUCAAAUUUUUUGUAAGGAAGCAUCUGAUCAAAUCAAAUAUUCUGCCAGCCUAAACCUGAAUUUCUACAGCUGAAACUGGAAGAUGUCUUGGAAAAGAAAUUACUUUUCUGUGGGUCGGGGGAAUGUACAGGGCAUGUUUACUCCAAGAAAUACCACCUCAAUAGCACCCAGCAAAGGUCUCAGCAAUGAACCAGGACAGAACAGUUGCUUCCUGAAUAGUGCGCUGCAGGUUCUCUGGCACCUGGACAUUUUUCGCCGCAGUUUCCGGCAGAUCACAACGCACAAAUGUAUGGGCGAUUCUUGCAUCUUCUGUGCUCUUAAGGGCAUAUUCAACCAGUUUCAGUGUAGCAGUGAGAAGGUACUGCCUUCUGAUGCCCUGCGCACUGCUCUUGCAAAGACAUUUCAGGAUGAGCAACGCUUCCAGCUGGGCAUCAUGGAUGAUGCUGCUGAAUGUUUUGAAAACCUGUUAAUGCGAAUUCACUUCCACAUUGCAGAUGAAACAAAGGAAGAUAUUUGCACUGCACCACAUUGUGUUUCCCACCAGAAGUUUGCAAUGACUUUAUUUGAACAGUGUGUUUGUACCAGUUGUGGUGCCACCUCUGACCCGUUACCUUUCAUCCAGAUGGUACAUUAUAUUUCCACAACCUCACUCUGCAAUCAAGCUAUUUGUAUGCUGGAGAGGCGGGAGAAACCAACUCCAGACAUGUUUGGAGAGCUCCUGCAGAACGCCAGCACUAUGGGGGACCUGCGAAACUGUCCAAGUAACUGUGGGGAGAAGAUCCGUAUUCGUCGUGUGUUGAUGAACUCGCCACAGAUCAUCACCAUUGGCUUGGUUUGGGACUCAGACCACUCUGAUCUGGCUGAGGAUGUGAUUCACAGUCUGGGAACUUGCCUUAAACUGGGAGAUCUCUUCUUCAGAGUAACUGAUGACAGAGCAAAACACUCAGAGCUGUAUUUGGUGGGAAUGAUCUGUUACUAUGGAAAACACUAUUCAACCUUCUUCUUCCAAACUAAAAUCCGCAAGUGGAUGUACUUUGAUGAUGCCCAUGUCAAAGAGAUUGGUCCAAAAUGGAAAGAUGUUGUGACAAAGUGCAUUAAGGGUCACUAUCAGCCUUUGCUGCUGCUGUAUGCAGAUCCAAGAGGAACUCCAGUGUCAACACAAGACUUGCCCCCUCAGGUGGAUUUACAGCAAUAUGGCAGGACUUGCUAUGAUAGUGAGGACUCAGGGAGAGAACCUUCCAUCUCAAGUGAUACCCGGACAGAUUCCUCUACAGACAGCUAUCCUUACAAACAGGCACACCAUGAGUCUGUGGUCAGUCACUUCUCCUCUGACUCCCAGGGGACAGUCAUCUACAAUGUGGAGAAUGAUGCAGCUUCACAAAGCAGCAGGGACACAGGCCACCUGACUGACAGUGAGUGCAAUCAGAGGCAUGUUUCAAAGAAGGGCUCGCUGGCAGACCGCAAGAGGAGUUCUAGCCGCUCUAGGCGGAAAGGAGAUGAGGCUCAGUCAUCAGGAUACCAUAGUGAAGGGGAAACCUUGAAGGAGAAACAAGCCCCCAGAACUGCCCCGAAACCAUCCAGCAGCACCAGCAGGCUGAGGGAAUUUAAAGAGACAGUGAGCAAUAUGAUCCACAGCAGACCACAGCAGAUUUCCCAAACCAUGCAGAAUUCCCCUCGUGGAGGGAAUAGUGUGGAUCAGGCAGAAACACGACCCUCAAAAAGCCUGUCUGCACACCCUCGAGACUGGGAAGUGGAGAGUACCAGUAGUGAGUCCAAAUCCAGUUCAUCUAGCAGGUACCGGCCAACGUGGAGACCCAAAAGAGAGUCUCUGAAUAUAGACAGCAUCUUCAGUAAAGACAAGAGGAAACAUUGUGGCUACACUCAGCUUAGCCCUUUCUCUGAAGAAGCAGGUAAAGAGCUUACUGAGAAUGAGGUGAAGGAGCACACUGUUCAUGAAACAAGGUCAAGCCAGUCAAAUGUCAAGUACAAGCGUGGUGUGCUGGGCCGGGGCCCCCAGCACCAUAUGGUGGAUCAACAUCCUCACCUAAUACAGAGGAUGGAGUCUGGCUAUGAGAGCAGUGAGCGCAACAGCAACAGCCCAGUCAGUCUGGACAUGCCCUUGUCUGAAAGCUCAAGCACCCACAGGGAUGCUCAUAUGAAGCGACCCAGUGCAUUUGUUCCUGCUUGGCGUAACAUCCCAAAGUCUCACAGUAGCAGCAUCUUGGAAGUGGAGUCUGCAUCAUCAAUUGGGAGCUGGACAAACAGCCCACACACCAUGGGAAAUGGUGGAGACAUUUUUGUUCCUUUAAAGAGUGAGCUGGAUGAAUUGCAAGAAGAGGUGACAAGGAGAGCACAUGAGCAAGAACUACGGAGAAAAAGAGAAAAGGAAAUGGAGGCAGCAAUGGGCUUUAAUCCCCGUCCCAGCAGGUUCAUGGAUCUCGAUGAACUGCAGAAUCAGGGGAGGAGUGAUGGCUUUGAGAAGUCGAUGCAGGAGGCAGACUCAAUCUUUGAAGAGUCGCUGAAUCAGGAGCAGAAGGGGGAUUGUGCUGCAGCUUUGGCUCUCUGUAACGAAGCUAUAUCUAAACUAAGACUUGCCAUGCAUGAUGCCAGCGCUAGCACUCACAGCAGAGCCCUAGUCGAUAAGAAGCUGCAAAUCAGUAUCCGAAAAGCCCGGAGCCUCCAGGAUCGCAUGCAGCACCACCAGCCACCGCAGCCGCUGCCUCCGCCAGCCUGCCUCCCACCACAGGGCGGCGCCAUGGCCCAGCCUGCAAGUGAACAGACUGGCCCGCUCCAAGUACUGCUGAGCCAGGAGGUACCACUGGAACCCAACAAAGAAGUGGAAUUUGGGUCCAGUUCUUUCUUCCACCCGCCUGCUUCCUGCCAUGAAUUGCACUCAUCAUUAUAUCCAGAGUCUUCCUCCUUGCCCCCUUAUGAAAGCAAUCCAUCCAACAGGAUCUCUCCAAACUUCCAGUCUGCUUCUGCUGAUUUCCAUGACCAAGUUCCCUCUUUUCCCUAUAGGCAAGGGUUGGCAGAAAGGUCUGCAAGAACUGAGAAUGAUGCCCACAAGAGUGGGGAAUUUGCUGACAUGACAGCCACAGGGCUAAAAGACCAUAGGGAUUGCUGCAGUAGCAGCAAGUUAGAAGAGGUUCAUAACAUAAUGCCUGUUCUCACACCUCAAUACCAAUCCAAGACUAACACAAUAAACUCUGGGUCUUUGCCUACACUGUUUCCCUGUCCACAUCCACCACAAGCAGCAUCUCCUGAAAAGGACAGCCAACACAGUCCUUGUUCCAAACUUGCAAGCUCUCCAGUGUGGCCCAGCAUUGAUCAUUUAGGGGCCUAUCAUGCAAUGACCCCUGCAACUUCAUCCCCUACACAGCAGUGCUCCUCGGAUCCUUUGCAGAAAAAUAAGUACUACAGAGCAAACAGCCAGGAGAUUUUAUUACCCUCACAGGGUGAAUAUGGCACAGCAGACGGUUGUAAAUCUGAGGCUUUUAGUACAAAGGGACAUGUUCGCUCCUUGGCAGAGCAGUUUCAGAAAAUGCAUGCAGUCUCCCAGAGAAAAGGUACUCAUGAAAAAGACUGGAUUACUGCAGUGUGUCAGGAUGAGAAGUCUCCAAAGUUAACACAAAAAUUUUUCAUCAACCAUUCAUCUUCCGGUUACAGACAGCUAAUCCAUCCAAACCAAGAAAACCAAAAUCAAUCUUCUGAAAAAUUACACUCAACUGUGGAUAUUAGGGAUGGGGUAGUUUCUUUGAAGGGUUUUAGUGCCCAGCAUGUUGCUUCUAUGAGUUUUUGUUCUCACAGUGAAGAACUGUGUAGAAGAGGUGGACAGAAUAUAGCAGACCCUGUACCCUACGUGGAAAGGCACUGUCAUGAUGGAGGAAUGAAAGAGGUGGAUGAUGGAGCUGCUAGUAGCACGGUUGCCUCUAUGCCUGUGGACCAUUGGGUGAAUAAUGUUAGUAGGUAUUACAGUUCCCAGAAGGCUAAUAAGAAUACUGAAUGGCUUCCUGUACCUGGGAGGAGUCCACUCCUUUCUGAUCAGAGAGCAGUUGGAGAUGACUUGAGCAGGAUCCCAGUACACCUGCAUCCACAGUGGAAUCAAGACACAGAGCAGGAGCUCUCAGAACUGGAAUCCCUCUAUCAGACUAGUCUGCAGGCAUCUCAGGACACUAGGCCUUUCUUGGGAAGACAGGACAGUGCUAGGUAUCCAUUUAACCAAUCAGUCUCUGUGAACCUGAGUGUGAGGAAGCUGCCUGCUACAGCUGGCAUGGGUCUGUCGAAAACCCCAACAGCGGAGAUCGAGCGCAGUCUGUGUGGAUCCACUGUCUCUUCUGUCUCCAAGGUCACAUAUACCGGAGAACAUAGCAGGGAACCAGAAGAAGAGGAAAUAUACAGUGCAGAGAAUUUCCGUCGCAUUGCUCGCAGUCUCAGUGGGACAGUUAUCUCAAACAGAGAAGAGACCUUGGUCUCUUCUCACAGUUUUGAAGCACCAAAUACGAGGAAAAUGCCAGUGGACACCAGCCACCGUUCUUCCAGCUCCACUUCCCUUCCUUUCCCCCAUGAUCCUCCUGUAUUUCCCUUUGAUCCCCAGCACAACCCAAACCCGGUGCAGCACCCACCCCAUGAUGUACUGAUGCCCAGCAUGGUGGGCAAGGCACGUAAACUGUCAGGAGAUCAGAAGAACAUCAUCCAGAAACUUCUGGUUGUGCCUGACAGGGGUGAAGCUUUCCAAGGUGAAGACUACCCAGGUGUGGCACUGAGCUAUGGGAGUCUCCCUUGUGUACCCAAAGGCACCCUCGCCCAGGGGCAAAAGCCUCUUGUUAAUAAGCAUUUAGGCGAUGGAGCACCAAGUGUCUCUGGCCGUUUGCUGAACACAAGUUUUCCUGCUGGGCAAACAGCCACGUUACCAGAUAAACGAACAAUGCUCUGGGGGAAACAUGCUGGCCAGCCAGGCAAGAGUUUACAGGAAGGCUUCCUCCAGCAGCCUUCACAACAUCACAUGCAUGAAUCUCACGCCGUCAGUUGCAGACUGCCAGCCAACACAGACUACAGCACUUUAAGAAUACCACGUGAGCCUUCUUGGGAUCCCAGGGCUUCUCAAGGUUGCCCUGUGCCCCCAUCCUGUGUGAAGGCCCCGGGUCCAAGGAGAGUUGAUAUGCCUCCAGAGGAAGACUGGCGAGAGAGCAGCUACACCCCUCAGCCUGGCAGAAGGCGAAUGCUGCCAGUGCAUGUGAUGGAUGGGACUUUUCCUUCUGCUUCCGAGGCACACCGAAAUAUGCUGGCUCGAGCAGCAGCAGCUACUGGCACCAUGCAGAAUAACGGCUGGUGAGAUCCCAUCCACUCCAUGUGCCCCAGUACAUGCACUACUCUGUGGACUGUGGUUAUUGCCAGAGUGUGGAUUGCAUGGAGACAGGAAACUCUUUCAAUCGGUAUCUGUGCCAGUUUUGUCUUAAAAUGUAGCUAUACAGUAUGUGGAAACUAAUUGCACUGUAUUUCAUUUCUGACACUACUGAACUGCUGUCUGGAUGGGGAAUCUUAACUAUUCUAGUCCUCUCUUAGCAAACAAUUGCUAUAGGAAUGGCUUACGGGUAAGUUCAGAAGUGUGCACAUGUUUUGAAGGAAGAUGGCAACUAACAAAAGGACAUUUUUAAGGACUCUUUUUCAUUAAAUGUAGCUUUGGUAAAUUCUUCACAAAAAUAUACCAAUCCUUUUGUUUUCUUCUCCUUCCUCUCUCCUUUUCCUUCCUAGGGGAAAAAACUGACCCACCUUCCAGGUUCCAGUAAAUCUGCACUUGGCAGAUGGCAGUAAAGCAAGCACAGUUUUCAAUGUUCUGGGAUUUCAUACAGAGAUCACAGCUGUAGUUGCUGCAGAGGAAGUGACAAUGAGACAUUGUUCAUCAGUAAACCCCAAUUUUUUCCACUUUAAAGCAAACUAACAAUGCUUCAAACAGAAAAGACUGUUAAUGCUGCACGCUUAACUACACCAAUGUAAACACAGAAUAAGUUUAACUAUUUUAGUGUCAAGCAUACUUGCUUUUGUAAGUAUUUUUCAAAUAAAUCUAAGAAAAUAGUUCUAUUUA